AUAAUAUACUUACCGCCAUCAUGCUGAAGCUUUGUAUUUUGGUGCUGGCAACUGUCAGUUAUGUGUCGUCGGCUGGCGUCAGUGAUGCGAACACAUUCGUGGACACCAUUUUCCGGGAAAAGAUGCCAUUCCUCGUGAAGGGAUCACCGCGGCUUUUCCCCUACGCGACCAUCGCAGACUUCAAGUUCAAGGUGUACAAGAACCAGAUCACCAACCGUGACCUCAAGGUCAACAUGACGCGCGGCGAGAUCCGAGGACUGGACACUGCUCUGCAGCGGUUGGGAGACUGCCAGGCGCCUUUUCUCCGUGACGGACAGACCGUCGUCGUCUGCAACCUUGCCGUACAGGGACUCAACAUUACCUUCACUUCGCUGGCAAAAGGAGACACCCUCGUCGCCAUUUGGAAGACCAUCUGGGUGAACGUAGGAGUGAAGGACACCAUGGCCCAGUUCGAAGCCAGCGCUCCUAUUGGUCAGGGCGGAACCCUGCGCACUUUCCUUAUCGAUGACAUCAGGCUUGACGUCACGUACGACAGCAACUUGAGCCUCAACGAGGGACGCCAGCAGAAGUUCAAGGAGGAAAUCAUUGUCAGAGUCAAGGACGAGCUGAGACACAUCUUCUACAACGACUACAAGGACCUUCUGCGCCGGGCUGUUGAGUCGGUCACGUUCCCCAGGAUCUAACCUGACCAUGAAUGCGAUGUGUGAGAUCGUUACAGAGACCAAAGUGACCUCGACUCACGCAUGCGAC